CACAGUUAGGUAAGAUCUAGAAGAUGAGGAAGACAUGACACUUACGAGAUGGACAGGGAUGAUAAUUGGGCCUCCAAGAACAAUUUAUGAAAACCUAAUAUACAGCCUUAAAAUACAAUGUGGACCUAAAUACCCAGAAACACCCCCCUUUGUAAUAUUUGUAACAAAAAUUAAUAUGAAUGGAGUUAAUAGUUCUAAUGGAGUGGUGGACCCAAGAACCAUAUCAGUGCUAGCAAAGUGGCAGACUUCAUAUAGCAUCAAAGUUGUUCUGCAAGAGCUGUGGUGCUUAAUGAUGUCUAAAGAAAAUAUGAAACUCCCUCAGCCUCUGUAA